UGUUAUUGCCCUGGGAAGUGGCCAGCAGGCCCUCCCUAGCUCACUGCCUUUCCUUCUGACUUCUUAGAGGAUUCAACAGCUCCGAUGGCUCCCUGCACCUUCCUGCCCUUCCCGAAAGCGGACUCUGCCAAGUGCCUUUUGUAAACUGAAGGGUUCCAUCUCUGCCAGCAUGAACUCCACUGAAGAAAAGGUGAAAAUCGUCUCAGAGGAGUUCACUGAAAAUGAAGGGGAUGCAGACGUGGGAAGGAGGAAGAAGAAAGGCCAAAGGCAACAGAAGAAGAAACAGAAGAAGCCCCUGACUGCUGGCCCAGAAGACAUGGUGUCCGAGGAACUCCAGCCCGGACCCCUGCAGGAGUCCAGGCCGGAAGAGCCCAAGACUCACCUCCUGAGUGCACCUGCCCGGCAGGGCCCACGCAGCUUACCUCCAAUUCCUUCAGCUUCCAGAACAGGCUUUGCUGAAUUUUCCAUGAGGGAACGAAUGAGGGAGAAAUUGCAAGCCGCAAGGUCCAAGGCAGAGAGCACACUGCUGCAGGAGAUCUCUACCCCGCGGCCCCGGCGCUUGCACAGUCCCAGGGAGAGAGAAUCCGAGACUGAAUUUGGCACAGAGCUGGGUAAAGAAGAACGAAGGAGUCAGCAAGAAGAUAAUUCCCAUCAUUAUUCAAGAGUCAAGUUCCGUGAUUCUGUGCGAAAAAUCAAGUCUAAACCUCAGGUCCCACCUGGUUUCCCUUCUGCGGAGGAAGCAUACCACUUCUUCACCUUCAACUUCGACCCGGAACCAGAAGAACCAGAGGAAAACCCACAACUGAAAAGCAGAGAUGGGAGUAAUCGAGAGGGAGCGGCAGGAGAGGGAGGGCCACCUGAGCAACAAGGCGACGAAGCGGUGGUUAACGAUGAGGAAGAGCCGUGGGAUGGAGAGGAGGCCCACGACUUCCUGCUGGGCCUGGAGCACCCGGCUGCUGAUUUGGUGGCCGUCAGAGCUGCAGAGUGUGAGAGCGCCCAGCACAGGCUGCAGAGGGAGAAAGAGGCUCUCUUCAUGCCCAGUCGGACAGCGGUGCCGACCUAUAAGAAACUCCCCGAGAAUGUGCAGCCCAGAUUCCUGGAGGACGAAGGGCUCUACAUCGGGGCCAGACCGCAGGUGGCCCGCACCACGGAGAACAUCAUGGAGAACAGACUGCUGGUGCAGGAGCUGGAAAGAGGAUGGUUUGGGGAUGAUGGCAGAAUCCUAGCAUUGCCAAACCCCAUCAAGCCAUUUCCUUCAAGGCCACCAGUGUUACCACCGGGACAGGACACAACAGCAGAACUGGAAACACUGUAUAAGAAGGCCGUGAAGUAUGUCCACAGUGGUCAGCACAUGGUUGUAUCUGGAGACCCUCCUGGAAAUUUCCAAGUGGACAUCGACAUCUCCGGGCUCAUCUUCACUCAUCAUCCCUGUUUCAGCCGAGAACACGUUUUGGCAGCCAAGCUGGCCCAGCUGUAUGACCAGUACCUUGCAAGACAGCAGAGAAACAAGGCAAAAUUUCUUACCGAUAAGCUCCAUGCUCUAAGAAACGCUGUUCAGACUGGUGUGAACCCAGAAAAACCCCAUCAAUCUCUUGAAACAACCCAGAAGGCCAUCAAGGAGUAUAAAUCUGAAAUUCGGCAAACAAGAAAACUUCGAGAUGCUGAACAAGAAAAAGAUCGAACAUUGCUCAAGACCAUCAUAAAAGUUUGGAAAGAGAUAAAAUCCCUUCGCGAGUUCCAGAGAUUUACAAAUACACCCUUGAAGCUUGUUUUGAGAAAGGAAAAAGUUGACCCAAAAGCAGAGGAGGAAGCAUUUGAAGCUGAAGUUCAAGCGGAAAUCAGUGAACUGCUAGAAGAGCACACGGAGGAGUACGAACAGAAGAUGGAAGAGUACAGAGCUGCGCACCAGCGUUGGAAAGCCUGGAAGAGAGCGCAGAGGGCCAGGAAGAAGAAGAAGCACGUGGCAGAAGAACACCCCGAUGAAGAGAUCGAGGAGCCCCUGCCCGAGGAAGAACCUGUGAAGCCCACGCCACCAGAGCCCACGGAUAGGGCAGCGUUGGAGCAGCAGGUGAGGGAGAGAAUGGCCCGGAGCAGGAGGAGGCCUGGGGAGCCCACACUCAUCCCGGAACUGAGCCUGGUGGGGAGCGUGACCCCCAACGACCAAUGUCCCAGGGUGGAGGUCCUGCGCAGGGAAGACGUGAGGCGGCGCUCUGUGUACUUGAAGGUGCUCUUCAACAACAAGGAGGUGUCCAGGACGGUCAGUCGGCAGCUAGCGGCUGACUUUCGAGUUCACUUUGGACAGAUUUUCAAUUUGCAGAUAUUCAACUGGCCAGAGAGUUUAGCACUUCAGGUCUAUGAAACCGUUGGACACAGCAGUGCCACCCUGCUAGCUGAAGUGUUUCUGCCCAUUCCGGAGACGACUGUGGUUUCUGGACGGGCUCCUCUUGAAGAAGUGGAGUUUAGCAGUGACCAGCACAUAACCCUGGACCAUGAGGGAGUUGGAAGUGGAGUGCCAUUCUCCUUUGAAGCGGAUGGCAGCAAUCAGCUGACGCUAAUGACCUCAGGCAAGGUGUCGCACAGUGUGGCAUGGGCCACUGGAGAAAGUGGGAUUCCUCUAAUUCCUCCAUUGUCACAACAGAACAUCGGCUUUCGAAGCGCUUUGAAGAGAGUGGAUGCCAUCUCAUCAAUCGGCACGUCAGGACUGACGGACAUGAAGAAGUUGGCCGAGUGGGCAACAGAGUCCAAGCUUGACCCAAAUGACCCUAACAACGCCCCUCUGAUGCAGCUCAUCUCGGUUGCCACCAGUGGUGAAUCUUACGUUCCUAAUUUCUUUCGGCUGGAACAGCUUCAACAAGAGUUUAACUUUGUGUCCGAUGAAGAAUUAAAUAGAUCCAAGCGGUUCAGACUUCUUCAGCUUAGAAACCAAGAGGUGCCAGAAUUCCGAAAUUACAAGCAAGUUCCAAUAUAUGACCGAGAAAUUAUGGAAAAGGUAUUCCAGGACUAUGAGAAACGGUUACGAGACAGGAGCAUAAUAGAAACUAAGGACCACAUAGACACUCAUAGGGCCAUGGUCGCCAAGUACCUUCAGCAGGUUAGAGAAUCCGUGAUAAAUCGUUUCCUAAUCGCAAAACACCAUUUCCUUCCUGCUGAUUUGAUUGUAGAAGAGGAGGUUCCCAAUAUCAGCAGCAUUUUGGGCCUAAGCCUUUUCAAGCUGGCAGAACAGAAGCGACCACUGAGGCCACGAAGAAAAGGACGGAAAAAGGUGACAGCACAGAACCUCUCGGAUGGAGACAUCAAGCUGCUUGUGAACAUCAUCCGGGCUUAUGACAUCCCGGUGAGGAAGCCAGCUCCAAGCAAAUUCCAGCAGCCUUCAAGAUCUUCACGGUCUUUCAUGGAAAAGCAGGCUGCCUCCCCAAACACACACAGCCCCUCCCACAGUGCUGACUACCCGCUGGGCCAGGUUUUGGUGCGUCCUUUUGUAGAGGUCUCCUUUCAGCGGACAGUUUGUCACACAACUACAGCAGAAGGGCCAAACCCCAGCUGGAAUGAAGAACUUGAGCUUCCGUUUAGGGCUCCUAACGGGGACUACAGCACGGCUAGUUUGCAGGCCGUGAAGGAUGACGUGUUCAUUAACAUUUUUGACGAAGUGCUGUAUGACGUGUUAGAGGAUGACCGUGAAAGAGGAAGUGGAACCCACACUCGUAUUGAGAGACACUGGCUGGGAUGCGUGAAAAUUCCCUUUAGCACAAUAUAUUUCCAAGCAAGGAUUGAUGGAACAUUUAAAAUUGAUAUUCCCCCAGUUCUCCUGGGCUACAGUAAAGAGCGAAACAUGAUGAUUGAGCGGGGUUUUGAUUCUGUCCGAAGUUUAAGUGAAGGCUCCUACAUCACGCUGUUUAUUACCAUCGAGCCACAGCUGGUGCCUGGAGAGUCGGUUCGAGAAAAGUUUGAUUCUCAGGAAGAUGAAAAAUUGCUUCAAGCAACAGAGAAGUUUCAGGCUGAAUGUGCCUUGAAGUUUGCAAACCGCCAGUGCCUUACCACAGUAACUGACAUAAGUGGAAAAACCAUUUUCAUCACGCGCUAUCUCAGACCAUUAAACCCUCCUGAGGAGCUCCUGAGUGCCUGUCCCAACAACCCACAGGCCACUGCGGAACUGGUGGCUCGCUACGUGUCCUUGAUUCCUUUCCUGCCAGACGCUGUUUCCUUUGCGGGUGUCUGUGACCUGUGGACCACAUCUGAUCAAUUUCUUGAUCUCCUGGCAGGAGAUGAGGAAGAACAUGCGGUGUUGCUCUGUAACUAUUUCCUGUCCCUGGGUAAGAAGGCCUGGCUGGUGAUGGGCAGUGCUAUUCCUGAGGGUCCUACUGCCUAUGUGCUAACAUGGGAGCAAAAUCAUUACUUAAUAUGGAAUCCCUGCAGUGGGCAUUUUUAUGGACAAUUUGAUACAUUCUGUCCCUUGAAAAGUGUGGGCUGUUUAAUAGGUCCUGAUAAUGUUUGGUUUAAUAUUCAGCAUUAUGAUUCUCCAUUAAGGAUAAAUUUUGAUGUCACCAAGCCCAAGCUAUGGAAACCUUUUUUUUCAAGAAAUUUUCCAUAUCCUGGCCUUUCCAGUGUUCAGCCUGAAGAGCUAAUUUACCAACGCACAGACAAAGCAGCAGCAGCCGAACUGCAAGACAGGAUUGAAAAAAUACUUAAGGAAAAAAUCAUGGACUGGAGGCCACGCCACCUGACCCGGUGGAACAGGUACUGUACCUCCACUCUGCGCCACUUCCUGCCUCUGCUCGAGAGAAGCCAAGGAGAAGACAUGGAAGAUGACCACAGAGCAGAGCUGGUGAAACAGCUGGGAGACUAUAGGUUCUCAGGAUUUCCCCUUCACAUGGCCUACUCUGAAAUGAAGCCCUUGGUUGACGCCGUGUACAGCACUGGGGUACACAGCAUCGAUGUUCCCAAUGUCGAGUUUGCUUUAGCUGUAUAUAUCCACCCUUACCCCAAAAAUGUUUUGUCUGUUUGGAUCUAUGUUGCCUCUCUUAUACGCAGUAGGUAA